AUGCUAUUUGAAACAAGGAUGGUUGUUCCGGUACCAGAAAACGAAUCCGACCCUGCUUUGUCUAAAGAGUCUCUUGAUAGGAGUGAUUGCGAGAGACUGGUUCAAUUGUGUUUGGAAGUUAAACAGGAAGCUGCAGAACUUACUAAGAGUCCGAACUACUACCGUGUAUCAAAUAUCGCUGAGCAACUACAUCAGCACUUAUUAGAGGUGCAUGAAUUACUGAGUGAAACUGGGUUCAUUGAACAACUGAAGUACAUUUAUUCUUUCGUUGGGAAAUAUGACUAUCAAAAUAUUCGUGCGAAUGGCUUUCGGACCUUUCUUUCCGUUGUGUCGAGUUGUCUGAUCAAGAUUCUCACUCACCUUCGUAACCUAGACCGCCGUACUUUGUCUGUAUGGCCAAACGCUAUUAAAGAGUCUCUAAUCGCCUACUUGCGGUGUCUCGAAGAGCUUGCCUUCUGCAUUCUCCUAAUCUGCGAGUUUCCCAAAUUUUCCGCUUCAUCGAAUACCCUAUUUCCCCAUCUGCACUAUGCCAACCUGUCAAUCGCUCCAUUUCGAACGCACGACAAUCUUGGUCCUCCAAUGCGCAUCUCAAAGUGCAUGAGAGACAUUUCCUGUGCAAAUUUUUCCGCCUCGUCAAGUAUCUCGCUUGCUCACUACAAUGAUCUCAUUGACUACUUUGAUCUAAUUCACCAAGAUGUCUUUUACGGUCGAGCAAUUGCAUUCUACUUGGAUAUUCCCGCUCAAAAUUUCUUUAAAAUGCUUGGCAGUAUUAUGGCUGGAUUUGCUGAUAGCUACCAGUGUGCAAUGGAUGGAAUAUCGGGUUUUGUGAAUGCCGUUUUCCACAGCGUUACAUCGUUCCUCUCGCCCGAGGAACGUGGUUGUCGAAUAGCCCAUAUUACUCGCUCGGCAGACGUUCAAUUUUGCAAGCGUUUUUGGAAUCUCGCCCAGAAUCGUUUCCUCAUCGACGUACCCAGGCUCCUUCUUCCUCAGAUGGCCGUUUGUCACACAUUCAUCUUACCAAACGUAGCUGUGACCUUAGAAACUGAACCAAGUAAUGGUGGGCCUUCCACGGUAACUAUUAACCCGCCCAGUGGCGAUAAGGGCAUUUCAGUGCGUGUGAUCAGCAAAUUUUGGCGCAGAGGUAUGGUCUGGCCUCUGGAUCAGGGACAAGAGGGUGGAAAGACCAAUAAGGGGUCUUUAAAGAAAUUAUCGUUGGGGUCGUUGUCUUCAGCAUUUGCAGCAGCCUCCAACGCCCAUCUGGAGACGGAUCCCUCCCCCUAUAUUCUUGUUCACAUCCACGGUGGUGGAUUUAUUGCCCUCUCCUCGGAGACACACGACGUUUAUGUUCGUCCCUGGGCAGAGAAGCUUGACUGUCCGAUAAUUUCAUUGAACUACUCGCUGGCACCGGAGUCGCCAUACCCGCGGGCGCUGGACGAGUGUUUCCACGCGGUGUGUUGGGUGAUGGCCAACCGGGUGCGGUUGGGAGCUAGGCCGGACGCACGGGUAGUGGUGUGCGGCGACUCUGCUGGUGGGAAUCUGACCCUCGGUGUGUGCCUUCGUGCAGCCGCCCUUGGGCUGCACGCCGGCAUCGCACGCCCCGUGGGCGCCCUCAUUGCUUACGCACCUGCCGUCGUCGCUUACGUGCCCUCGCCCUCGCGCAUGCUCUCUAUCUGCGAUCCUCUCCUGCCCAUCGGCGUUAUCUCGCGCUGCAUCAUGGCAUACAGCGGCAUAGACGAGGCAUCCUUCGAGCGUAAGGUUUCAAUGCCAGCAUCGAUGUCAGAAAGCAAAACACACCAAUCCAAACAACAGCAGCAACUACCCCGGUCGACCUCGGUGCCUCUGUGGUCACGCCUCUGGUCUACCUGGUUCCCUCCUUCCUUCUCUUCCGUUUCGCCUGCAACCCCCUUGAUCAACCGUCUGAGCGUCAUCUCACGUCGUGUCACCGCUUCCGGUGACCUCUUCGAGGCCGAAAAAAACGAUCUUUCCCCAGGGAUCUCAUUUAGUGCCUCCACUCCUUCUUUUCCGUCCUCCCCUACAGGUUCACUGGAAGUUCAAGACGCCUACACUGACAACGAAAAUGCCAAAAAAGAGGACCAUGAGAACAGCAAGAAGUGGGAACCGCUAACGAAAGUGCGGGGGACCGACGAAUCGUGUGAUGAGACAAUUUAUGGCGUAGACUCAAAACUCCAACGUAUUCGCAAGUGUCCCAUCCCACAAGAUCCCUUUCUUUCACCUUAUCUCGCCUCCGAUGAGCUUUUCCGCUUGCUGCCACCUCUUGCUAUUGUGGCCUGCCAGUACGACCCCUUCUUGGACGACGCCCUAGAGCUUGCCAAGCGCGCGGAAGCGUUGGGGGUAUCCGUGGAGCUGCACGUGGCUAGUGGAAUGCCGCACGCCUUUCUCAACUUCAGUUUCCUCAACGCCGACUACCGCCGUGCCACCAUGCACUGCAGCGACAUGAUUGCACGCCUCUUCCGUGGCGGGGCCAGUUCUAUCUCCGAUUCACUCCAGUCGGUAAAUGCAUUUACUCGGUCUCUCACUAAGUGCAUUCUUCGAUGUUUACGAUUCUGUCUGAGGGGAAGGGCCGUUCAUCCCAACGAGACUUCCCUGAAUGCGAAAGAAGACACAAUGCUCGGACAAGUACUAAUGUACUGUCAACGCACAGGUCUGGGGGGCUACUGGCAUGGCUUGGAAGCCAGGCCGCCCAGCUGA